AUGCUUAAGCGAUCUCGGAAGCAGCGACAUGCACUGGGUCUUGGCUUCGUUGCAUACGAUAGCAAAUUCCUCUGCAUAUUGGCGGCACAGUGUCGAAAUCUGGGGAACGAACAUGACAUUUAUAUCAAGAUAGGCGUAGCCAGCAUCUUAUUCUUAAGUGCCACACGAAUUUGUUCCCCAGAUUUCCUGGAAAAGGAAUUUGAACUAAUCCGUGAGCAGCUUUUGUCUUUAAAGUAUCCUGACCAUAUAAUUGAGAAAGCAAUUCACAAAGCAAAUAAGUUGAAUACAAUUACGCACUUUUCUUCUGUCUUACAGAAAUGUGGAUGCGACCAUUCUGGGGAAAAAUCAGUUCAUAAAACUACGACUAAAGAUUGUAAACCAACUGAUGCAUGUGCUUGUAACGGCGGCUAUUGCAUCGAAAAUAGGAAGAAAGGAGACUGCGACGGACUCCUCUUUCCAAAUGAAUGUAUAACGCCCUUAUGUUCCUGCUGUGUAAAAGCACCUACAGUGAAACUGGAUGAAUGCGCAGCAGGGAACGACACUUGCCCCGCCAACUCAAAAUGCCAGGAUAAAGAAAUAGGCUACGAAUGCGCUUGCAAUGCAGGCUUUGAGCAAUGUGGAGAUAUAAACGAAUGUGACAACGAUCCCUGUGGGCUAAACUCCCAGUGCCAAAAUACACCCGGAAGUUAUGAGUGCGUCUGCGACGCUGGAUACGAAGCAGUCAACGGAACUUGUGCUGAUCUCAAUGAGUGUGAUUCGAAUCUCUGUGGUCCCGACGGCGUCUGCUCCAAUAGCCCUGGAAGUUUCAGCUGCAACUGCAAUGCAGGAUAUGCUUUCAGUGGGGCUUCUUGUAUGGACCUCGAUGAAUGUUUGUGCAAUCCAUGUCCAAAUGGCUCCGUGUGCGCGAACACUCCUGGAAGCUACCUGUGUCAGUGCCCUCCUGGUUAUAACUGGACUAAAGGAGCUUGCGUUGAUAUCGAUGAUUGUGCUUCUGCCACUUGCUCAGAUCGCCAGUAUUGUAGGGAUAAACUUCUGGGCUAUGAUUGUAUUUGCAAAGCAUGUGCUGAGCAAUGCCAAUAUGGUGCAACUUUCGUAAAGAAAUUUGGAAAUUGUUAUAAACUCAUUUCUGGGAAUAUGACCUUUCCUGAAGCAAAUCGACGUUGUUCAGAUGACUUCCUUGCCCUAGCUAUCAUAAGACUCGAUGCAGACAUUCCGACCAUGACUUCAUAUUUCCUGUCUGGCAUUUCAGAAAUGGCCUGGACUAGACGUAGCUUGUCUUACCAAGGCUCUCUUCAGGGUUCCUGCUUUGGUGUGACCUCGACCAGUAGCUCGCCUGGAGCUAAGAGUCUGCCCUGUGAUUCCAGGCUGAAAUACGCUAUUUGCCUUGCAAAAACAUACUAUUAGUUUGACCAAUAUGCAGUGUUCUAAGUUGUCAAACAAAUUCUUUUCUGCAAAAAACUAUUAUAUCUGACCAAUCUUCUAGGUGUUUUUAAAAUUGUAAAACAAUUUCUUAUCUGCAAGGCACAUUUAGAUUUGAGCAAUCUCCAGCGUGUUUUGAAAGUUGAAGCAAUAAACGUUUACUUGCAAGGGACCUUUAGAUUUGAUGAAUCUUCAAGGAGGUUUUAAACUUGCAAAAACAAAUUUUUCUAAAAGUAACAUUGAAAUUCGGCCAUUCUUCAAGGUAUUUUGAAUGUUGCAAAAAUAUUCUUUUCUGCAAAGAACUUUUAGGUUUCGCCACUAUUUAAGGUGUUUUUAAAGUUGUUAAACAAAUCAUUAUCUUCAAUGGACUUUCAGGUUUGACCAAUCUUCAAGGCGUUUUCAAAGUUGUUAAAGUCUUUUUUUAUCUGCAAGCACAUUUAGAUUUGACCAUUUUUCA